AUGGAGAAAACGCCCCGUGUCCUGAAGCAGCGUUGCAGCAGCAGUGGUGAAUCGAAGCUAGCUCACCGCCUGAUGCGUUGUUUGGAUUUUGUUGCAUUAUUCUCCGGAGCUUUGUCAUCAUCCAAGUUACGAGAACCAUUGAACGUGGCUAAUCAUGUCAUCGCCGAAAGUCACGAUUCCGGUGAUGCUCUCGAAACCGGAUUUCUUUCCAGCAAGUUGCCGCACCAACGGAUACCGGAAGCAACAUCAUCUCACUGCCCCCCACCAACUUUCACGAACUUCCCAUUGGCCGAGCUCCAUCGUGCCCGGUUUGCAGCAAGGGGGGAUGCCACUCUCGCUCAGAAUGUUCCACGAGUUCGUCAAUCUAUUCCCGUAGUCGAACGCGUGAACAAGCCACAUCAUACUGAAUGCCUCAAGGAGGAAACAAAAGUGGUCAGGACCAAGGACAAAGUACUGUAAUCCCCUUUCUCGAAUGUUUCAUUAAAUCCAUCAUGGUAAUACAUUUGUUGCUGGUCAAUUUGCUAGGGGGUUUGAAUACUGAAAACCAGUGAAGCAGCUAUAGUGCUAUGUCUUCAAAAAAUUAGAAUGCUGGGCUUUAAAAAAGGUUUCCCAAAUUGAAAACUGGAAAUAAUAUAUUUUGGCAUCCGCCAUGAAAAUUAUUCUUGAAUUGUUAAAAAUGCCAAGUUGUAUCCUCAUCAGAUAAUUUCAAUGGCAAUUGUUUUUCGGAACUGUUGGACAACAAUAAUAGAC